ACCGCCCCAGGCACGCGCCGAGCGCCCGGCUCGGCCAAGCGGGCGGUGCCACUGCCCCGCCGGGGGGCGAGGGGCGGCCUGGCUGGUCCCCCUCUGGGUCGUGACAAUCUGUAGACCCGCUUGUAGCCAACUAAGCGACCCGGGGCGUGAGGAGGCAAAGGGGGCUGCAGAGCCGGCUCCGGGGGGCGGGGAGGUCCAGGCAGCCUCGGGGAGGCGGGAGAUCGGAGCCGAGCCACCGGGGCUGGCCGUCCCGGAGUCCUGGCGCUCAGCCGAGUGCACGGAACCAGGCUGUGGACCCUCAGGGCCUCCUGCCCUCGCCUCGGCUGCCCACGGGGGGACCACUGCGGGGAGGGGGUGAUCCCUCGCCCCAGCCUCGAAGCCAGCGGCGUUAAACCACAGCGUCAGCCAAGUGCUCCUCUCCCCGCCGGGAGAGGGGACCGUAGCGUGCGCGCGGGUUCUCCGCAGCCACCGACGUCCCCGCCGGGUGGGCUUGGCCGUGGUGCCCUCCCCCUCCACCCCCCACUUGGGGAGGAGGGAGGGCCCAGCGAUGCGCUGCUGUGACCGAGCCGCCUCCAUGUGGCUGCUGACGGGCCCGGGGCGGGGGGGUGGUGGUGGGGAGCAGGCAUGGGGCGCGGCCGCGCCUCCCUCCCUCCCACCCCUCCUCGCGGACGACAGGGCUAGGCGAUGAGCAGACGUGAGGGGCCAGCCGGCCGCCCGGCUCUGCAGGACGCUGCGUGGCUCCUGGUCCCUCCGCGUCCCGGGCAGGAGCGGUUGCGGCGCUGGGGUGGGCGAGGCGCCAGCCCCCCGGCUUCGCUAUGGGGCACAACGGCAGCUGGGUGUCGCCCAACGCCAGCCACCCGCGCAACACGUCGGGCGCCGAGGCGGGUGCCAACCGCAGCGCGUUCGGGGAGCUGAGCGAGGCGCAGCUGUACCGCCAGUUCACCACCGCCGUGCAGGUUGUCAUCUUCGUUGGCUCGCUGCUCGGAAACUUCACGGUGUUAUGGUCGACCUGCCGCACAACCGUGCUCAAAUCUGUCACCAACAGGUUCAUUAAAAACCUGGCCUGCUCGGGGAUUUGUGCCAGCGUGGUCUGUGUGCCCUUUGACAUCAUCCUGAGCGCCAGCCCUCACUGCUGCUGGUGGAUCUACACCGUGCUCUUCUGCAAGGUGCUCAAGUUCCUGCACAAGGUCUUCUGCUCUGUCACCGUCCUCAGUUUCCCCGCCAUUGCCCUGGACAGGUACUAUUCUGUCCUCUAUCCUCUGGAGAGAAAAAUAUCUGACGCCAAGUCUCGGGAGCUGGUGAUGUACAUCUGGGCUCAUGCAGUGGUGGCCAGUGUCCCCGUGUUCGCUGUGACCAAUGUAGCCGACAUCUAUGCCAUGUCUACCUGCACGGAAGUCUGGAGCAACUCCUUGGGCCACCUGGUGUACGUCCUGGUCUACAACGUCACCACGGUCAUCGUGCCCGUGGUUGUGGUUUUCCUCCUCCUGAUCCUGAUCCGCAGGGCCCUGAGUGCCAGCCAGAAGAAGAAAGUCAUCAUCGCCGCCCUGAGGACGCCGCAGAACACCAUCUCCAUCCCCUACGCCUCCCAGCGGGAGGCGGAGCUACACGCCACCCUGCUCUCCAUGGUGACAGUUUUCAUCCUCUGCAGUGUACCCUAUGCCACCCUGGUUGUCUACCAGACCGUGCUCAAUGUCCCCAACACCUCCGUCUUCUUGCUCCUCACUGCCAUCUGGCUGCCCAAAGUCUCCCUGUUGGCCAACCCCGUGCUCUUCCUGACCGUGAACAAAUCGGUACGCAAGUGCUUGGUGGGGACCCUGGUGCAGUUGCACCACCGGUACAGCCGCCGCAACGUGGUUAGCACGGGGAGCGGGGUGGCCGAGGCCAGCCUGGAGCCCAGCAUGCGCUCUGGCAGCCAGCUCCUGGAGAUGUUCCACAUCGGGCAGCAGCAGAUCUUUAAGCCCUCAGAGGAUGAGGAGGAGAGCGAGGCCAAGUACCUCAGCUCGGCUGACUUCCAGGCCAAGGAGGGAGAACAGGAGCCACAGCUUGUACCCUCUGUACCACCCCCGGGCACAGUGGACUCUGUAUCUCAGGUGGCCCCAGCAGCCCCUGUGGAACCUGGGGUAUUCCCCGAUAAGUAUUCCCUGCAGUUUGGCUUUGGGCCUUUUGAGUUGCCCCCUCAGUGGCUCUCUGAGACCCGAAAUAGCAAAAAGAGGCUGCUUCCCCCACUGGGAAAUACCCCGGAAGAGCUGAUCCAGACGAAGGUGCCCAAAGUGGGCAGGGUGGAGCGGAAGAUGAGCAGAAACAAUAAAGUGAGCAUUUUCCCAAAGGUAGACUCUUAGCAAGGAUUGUAGGCACCCGGAAGCAGCAGGGCACCUGUAUAGUCCUGCUCUCCCUCCACUCGGGCUGUAAGCCUCUGUGGGCUGAUCCCUCCUCAGCGGGGCAAAUGCUUCUGAACGAAAGGGAAGUCUACAUAAAAUCCAAUGUCCUCUUUAUUGAGGGAGUAUAUAUCUAUCUAUCUUAGUGAUCUGUGUCCUCACUCAAACCCUAAACUGUAAGCUGGGUUGUGUGGCCCAGGUCUGAGGGGGCCUCCCUGCACAUUUUCUGGGAGACUCCUCCUUUUCCUGUGUGUAGCAGAGAACCCGAAGGGAGCAGGCACUCUGAGGAGGCCAAAGAUAAUUACAGGCUGCGAUGGCCGCAAGGAAGAAGCUGACUUGGCUUUUUAAAAUUUGGGGGUUGGUUUGUUUGUUUGAGACUGGGUCUCUCUAUGUAGCCCUGGCUGGCCUGGAACUCUCUAUGCAGAUGAGGUUGGCCUCACACUCAGAGAUCCACCUGCCUCUGCCAUCUGAGUGCCGGGAUUAAAGCACUCGUGUGCCACCAUGCACAGUUAAGAAGCCUAUUUUGGUAACUAAAUAGGAAUAACAAACAGCAAAUGUUUCUGUACUGCGGAGACGGAGCCAUGGUGCCCAAUGCUGUUCCUUAGAUUUCUCAAUCAUCUGACUCCCAUUUUCUAUCAUCUCUCAUCCAGUCUUCUGGGUCAUAAAGAGGAGACGAUUGAUCCCACCUUAUGAUAGAUGUGGCAAUGUCUGAGGGAGGCUUUUUGCUCUUGAUUUAUCUUUGCAACCUGUUGGUAUCACCAAGGCCUCCAACAAGUGGGCCUGCUUCUGUCAGUCAUCAGCAGUGUUGUCUGCAAAGCACUGUGAACCCUUCACUGUGCGUAUCCACUAAAGUAUAUCUGAUCGACAACAGGGAAGGAAGCUUUAUGGUGGUGCAAACAGUCCAAGAAGUGCCCACGAUGCAUAGUCUUUUUUCUUUUUCUUUCUUUCACAUGAUUGAGUGAUGUACAGGCGAGAAGUAAAAAGAAAGUCCCUAUAGGCUUGGAAUUAAAAGGUGCUGAAGGAAUGCAGGUGAUGUGCCCUGGGUCCUUUGGCACCGUUAAGGUAAAAAUACUUGAUUAGGACAAGUGAUUCUGCUCUAAGACUUGUUGGUUUGAUGUAGACAACAGGUCAACCUGCCAGUCUUCUUUUCAGCGUGUGAGAUGAUUCUGGUUCCCACAGAAGGUGGGCAGAGAAAUAACGGUACCCAGCCUGGUUGAGCACCUCACCACAUUAUGAGUGGUUAGAUGGUUGAACACUGCUUCCCAGUCUGAGCCACGGUGGGCAGGAGAGAGCACCCUUUCAGCAGCUCGGUGUCCUGGUCCUCAUGUGUGAUCCGCUGCGGGAUUGCUCUCCCAGGUCCAUUUCAAACCCCAUCUUCUUCUUUUACCUCAUCAAGUCAACAGCUCUGGUCUUCUUUGUGAGGGUGUUUUGUUCUUGUUCAUGGCACUUGGUGGUACCAAUCGGGUGUCUUGAAGGGAUGGGUGUUCCUUAUUGGCAACCUUCUACCUAUCAGAGGCGGUGGUCACAGCAGGCCCUGUUUUAUUCAUGCCGGCCCUCGCUCCCUAGGAGGAAGCCCAGUCCACGUGUAGGGAGCCUCUCUUUCUUUUCUAGUCUUUUGUUGUGUGAUGUCCCACGAUUCCUGAGUGUGAACCCAAACACCUUCUCCUCGGAGAGGGAGCAGCUUCCUUUCUGUUUGUCACCUCACAGAGUUGUUUGUUCGCAGCAGAAACAAGACCCUCUCUGAGACCCUGCGGCCCUCUGCGCCCUGUGUACAUGCCAGCUGUAGCUCUUUGGUCCUGACACUGUGUUGACACUGUGGCCCUCCACACUCGUCAUUCAAAGCCUUCUCCAUUGUUACAGCUUUUACUAAGGGGGGAAAAAUAACCUGUCGGAAAAUUCUGUGUACCUGAGAAGAAUCUGUCAGAUGUGUUCAUGUUGGUGUCAUCCUGACAAUGUGUACGACCUAAUACGUUCUCAGCAGCAGAGUUUUGUCCUCCGAAUUGUCAUGUAUGUUUGAAAGCGAAGGCUGACAUUUAACUGGUUGUCAAAUGUGUUUCUAUACUCUUUGAGGAAUAACAUUUUAAUAAAAUUUAAAAACCUUG